AGCGGCGGACCUCAUCGCUUACGGUGUCUCCAUGACACAUGAAACGCCUUCAGGUAAACUUGUGAUGCGUAAAGCUCAUCGUCGGCAGCUGACGACACGUGUUGAGACCACCAUGGACCUCUACACUAAGGGCAGGCAGAAGGUGUGCACUGACCUGGUGCUGCAGUGCUGCCAGCUCGCUGACCUCAUCACCAUUUACGACAUCAACUCGGGCGAGCCUAUGGACAAAUAUAUUCUCUUUGCCCUUCUUAAAGGAGAUGGCCUGGCGUCGGAGUCGUCUCGACUGGACCAGCUACAUCUGUCGCUGCUGUGGAACAGACCUGACAUUGCUGAGUCUCACAUCUUCCCAGGCAUACUUUGCAGCCUACAGUAUAGUUUUCUACUGGGGACUGGUUGCAAAUUCUUCGACCAGCCUAUCUGA